UUUUCUCCUGGCGUAGUGACGUAGUUUCAACAUUCUGCGCGGGAGCUCUGGAUCAGGUCUCAACAAGACCCGAGGUUCUCUCGUGAGGUAUGGCUAUGAGGAGUGACGCCCGAGUGGAAGCAGAGGUGGAAGAGGAGGAGAACUUUGGCCCACAACCUCUGGUCAGACUGGAGCAAUGUGGGAUCAGUGCCAGUGACAUCAAGAAACUAGAGGAUGCCGGCUUCCACACCAUUGAGGCCGUUGCCUAUGCCCCAAAGAAAGAGCUGCUCAACAUCAAGGGCAUCAGCGAGGCCAAGGCUGACAAAAUUCUAACAGAAGCAGCCAAACUAGUGCCAAUGGGUUUUACCACUGCUACUGAAUUCCACCAACGACGAGCAGAGAUCAUUCAGAUUUCCACUGGCUCCAAGGAGCUGGACAAGUUGCUACAAGGUGGCAUUGAGACGGGUUCUAUCACUGAGAUGUUUGGGGAAUUUCGCACAGGCAAAACUCAGCUUUGUCACACUCUUGCUGUAACUUGCCAGCUACCUAUUGACCAAGGUGGAGGAGAGGGUAAAGCCAUGUAUAUUGACACUGAGGGUACCUUCAGACCAGAGAGGCUGCUUGCUGUUGCUGAGAGGUAUGGGCUGGUUGGCAGUGAUGUUUUGGAUAAUGUGGCCUAUGCUCGAGCCUUUAACACAGACCACCAGACACAGCUGCUCUAUCAGGCCUCUGCUAUGAUGGCAGAGUCAAGGUAUGCUCUGCUGAUUGUGGACAGUGCCACUGCUCUGUACAGAACAGAUUACUCUGGCCGUGGUGAGCUGUCGGCAAGACAGGGACAUUUGGGUCGCUUUUUGCGCAUGCUGUUGCGUUUAGCAGAUGAGUUUGGUGUUGCCGUGGUCAUAACCAAUCAGGUGGUUGCCCAAGUGGAUGGUGCUGCCAUGUUCUCUGCAGAUCCCAAAAAACCUAUUGGUGGAAAUAUUCUUGCUCAUGCCUCCACCACUCGCCUUUAUCUAAGAAAAGGUCGUGGAGAGACCAGAAUUUGUAAAAUCUACGAUUCCCCUUGUCUACCGGAGGCUGAAGCGAUGUUUGCCAUUAAUGCUGAUGGAGUGGGAGACGCUAAGGAUUAACAGUACACUGAGACAUUCUCUUGACCCAUCCUGUGAGUGCAUUGUGGAGAUGCCGAGAGCAUCUUAAUGGACUACUGAACGCAGCCCCACCUCCCAAAAAAAAAAAACAAGCAGCACUUUUGGCUGUUGUUUAAUUUACACCUCUUUGUUUGUAAAUGUCUCUAGUAUCAACAUGUUUGUGUGAGGUUAACUGUAUAAGAAUUGGUGCAUGACGUAUCAUUGCAUAUGAUUUGCGUAAUCUAGCUAAAUAAUUUCUUUUCAAAACUGUACCAAUUUUCCAUCUAAGUUGUUUGAGUGCUUAGACUUGCUGUUGUCUUUCAGCAUGUGUGAAAGAAAUGCCUCCAGACUUAACUGCAUUGUUUAUUAAUCUGUACAGUAUGUUAUAAAUGACAUGUUUUAUCAAUAACUA